AUGGACGAAGCAAGCAAGCUUGUAAGGGAGCUGUCUAACAAGCUUACCGAGCUUGAUCAUAAGGUUGAUUUAUAUCGAAAGGAUAUGAAUAAGGAAUAUAUUAAGUAUGAAGAGGAUUUAUUAAAGAAUGUCUCUCCAAACAUUUCCCAGACCGUUUCAAGAAUGAUUGCCGAAGAAUUAAAGAAUUAUAAGGCUCUUUAUCCAUUCGCCGAAAAUCUCGAUACCGAUAACCUGGACUCAUGCGCCAAAAUUACAAACACAGGCACAGGCACAGGUACAGACACAGGCACAGGCACAGGCAACAACAAUCCCAGUUCCAGUCCCGGUUCCAGUCAUAACCCUAUUUCCAAUGGUAACAACACAAUCGCAAUCACAAGCACGCCGCAUGAGAAUUCAAAUGUGAUGACCAACGGAAUUUCCACGGCAAUGGAGUCACAAUUAGGUUUCGGUACCUCGGCGUCAAUAGCUCCUAACAAUACGAAGAAGGUAGUAGCAGCAGCAGCAGCAGCAGCAGAAGAAGAAGAGCGUCCGAGAAGUCCACAUGCGCGAGAGAAGGAAUUCACAGGAGUCUUUACACCAAGUUAUCUGCCAUUGUUAGAUUCUUGUAGUCGAUACGAACGAAAAUCAAAUUCGAAUACCGAACUCAAUAACAAGUCGAAAGAUAUACAAAUGGAUACCUCAUCGCAAUCACAGUCACAGUCACAGUCACAGUCGCUUGUUGAUGCAAGUACAGAUACUAGAUCUUUGAAUGCUUCUCCAGAUCCCAGAAGUCCUUCGAUACCCAAACGGAAAAAUACCGAUGAAAUUUCGAUCGCAUCCAAUAGUAGUAGUGAUGGACCACGUCGCAGAAGCGCUUUACGAAGAACAUCUACUAGUUCAAAGAAUACAAGUCCUCGAAGGGUUCGUUUUGAUGUGGAAGGAGAAGAGGUCUUACCAACAGCAUCGCCCAAAGAAUUGGAGCCAAUGCUUCCACCUUCCUUCUCAGAUGAUUCAGACGAUGAGGCUGGUUCGGAAAUGGUCGAGGAUAUCGAUGCGCCACCACCAAAAAGAAUAUCUUCCUCACAGGCAUUAAGAGCCUUGUCGAGAGGUCCUCUAGAGGAUGACGGAACACAAUGGACCACCGUCGUUGCUCCGCCAGAUGGUUCGGCUUCGGUUGAUACUCUGGAAGAUGAUGGUUACACUACCAAUUACUUCGAUUCUAGACCAACGCCUAUCGCGCCUCGAGACGAAAAUAUCCCACCAGUCUCCAUACCGACGAAAAUAUCACAACCCGAACCACAAGCUCAAGUGAAACAUAUAGAGGCUCUACCGGAGGAUGAUGCAGAUGUUCCAUCGGAUGAUGAUAUGUUGGAUAUGCCGUCUUUGCGACAAAUGAGAAGUUACAACAAACAACCUGCGAGCAUUCUAUCGCCGAAAAAGAAUGAGAACCCAGAACCAGCAAUCUCCCCUUUGCAGAUGAACUCGCCAAGCAAACCACUUACACUCGAGACUAUGGAACCUAGAGGAAAGGGUGAUGAGAAGACAGCCAGCUUGACCUUUCAGGACGAUGAACAAGAGGAUUUGUUUUCCUUUGACGAAAACCCAAGUCUCGGAAGCCGUCCUCAGGAUGAAGAAGAUGAAUCGGAUAUAGAAGAACCUACUUCGCCAAGUAUCGAAGAAAGUCCCGACAAUGUCGAACUUUCUAAAUCUCCUGCUCGUCCAAUUCCUAAUGAUUUCAGUAAUAAGAAAGUAACAAUAGCUCCUGCUCCUGCACAUGGCAUCGUUGGUUCUUACAAAGGCCGUCCAUUCAGCAUGCCAGUCGUCAACGAUGCAGUACAUGCCAGUGCCGCGUCAAUGGGUGCUAUGAAUUCAUUUGUUGGAAGUGUCAAUGGUCGCAGUGGACUUGACGCAAGCGAUGUCUUGAGUUAUAGAGCAAGUGGAGGAGUGGGUAGUUUUUCCGGAACCCCAAAGAGUAUGAGUGAAAGGAUGAUGAUGGAUGAUUUGAUGGAGGCAGAGGGAGAAAAUCAGAAGAAUUAG